AUUACAACAUCCUUCCUGUCAGAUAUUUAAACAUUGAAUAAGAGAUGAUUUAGUCUUUUUAGUGAUUCGUUUCUUAGAAUUACCGGCUGUUAAUAGAUCAAAGGGUUAAAUGAAAUACAUGAAACCCAAUGAGUUAUCGGAUUUGUUAGAUUAAAGUGGCACUGGCAGCUAACAUGUUAACACGGACGUAGACCUAAGGAUCUGAUACAGUCAUGUUUAUUAAGUGACGUGUUAAUUCAAAGAAACAUUGUUUCCUGCUUUCCUGCCUGAAUGAUUUCAUCCUUCACCACCACACGACUCCUCCUAAGACUUUUAUUAUUUAACUGUUGGUGUCAGCAUCGAGCAGAGGACAAGAUGCCUCAACCCAAAGUGAAGCUGGUGGUGACAGGGGAUGAUUUUGGGUACUGCGAGAGAAGAAAUCAAGGGAUUGUGGAUUGCUAUAGAGCUGGUGGGAUCUCCAAUGUGUCUCUUUUGGUGAAUGCAGUCUCGGCGAAGCAUGCCGCAGAUUUGGCUAAAAGGUAUAACAUUCCUAUUGGACUCCAUGCGAAUCUCUCAGAAGGUCUACCCGUUUUCCAGAAACUGACAGGAUCAACGCUUCUUAACAAAGAUGGGUUCUUUCAUGGAAAGAUGGGAUUCCGGGAGGUUCUGCAGAAGGGGCAGCUCAAGAUGUCGGAGGUGGAUGUUGAGCUUAGGGCACAGGUAAACCGUUUCUGUGAACUGAUUGGACACAUGCCCGAUCAUAUGGAUGGCCAUCAGCAUGUUCAUGUGCUGCCAGAGGUCAGAGAAGUGUUUGCCCGAGUGCUCUCAGAUUUUGGGAUCACCUACACACGGGUGCCUGUGGAGCCCGGCCUUACGUUCUGCACGUUCCUCCCGUCCCAUCUUCGAUACUUCUACACACAGGUUGAAAAAGAUGCCCUUGAAUCUGUUGAGGUCUUUCAUCGACAUGGCAUUAGGUGGCCUGACAUAUAUCUGGGUCUAAGCACCAUGGGUAAAAACAUGUCCAUCCCCAACCUCAAACGAGCUUUAGGCUUCACGCUGGAAGCGCAGGCGUCGUCGCUGGAUGAUGGUGUGAUUUCUCCAUUAAUACUGACACAGACCAGUGAAACCACAGCUGACUCCCAUCAACCAGUUACAGCUGAGCUGAUGGUGCAUCCAGGUUAUCCGAGUCAUCCGCACCAGGGUGGAUGUGGAGAAGGGCCGGAUGAUUUCUCGCAGUCCACGGACCGACUACACGAACUGAAUACUUUAAAGGACCCUUCGGUGCUCAGUUACUACAGGCAACAGGGGAUCCACCUCUGUGCCUUUAAACACCUUUAACAACACUCCAGAUCAUAGGGGUGCGGUUUUAAUUGUGGACUGAUUAAACAUCUUGGUGCAAUUUUUAAAUUGGAUUUAAUUGGGGAAGAAAAUCCACAUAUUUAUGUCUGUAAUGUACUUUAUGAAGA